GGCGAAUAUGGUGGAGAGGUGCCAGGCCCCCGCGCGCGAGCGAACGAUCGAUUCGAACGCCGGCGACAUUCUUCGCCGGCGCUCGUAGAGACAGAGAACAGUGAAGAGAGACGAGAGCAGAGAAGAGAAGUCGCGAGGAAAAAGAAGAAAUCCCCACUUGGGUAUACCUUCCAGUCGUACUGUCCUCAGUUCUUGUGUUUGUGUCGGUACGUCGUCGGGUUGGCGAGAACAGUAGUGGGGAAUGUACAUCAGCAGCCAGCGGUCGUAGGAAGGUUUCAAGGGCGUUACCAAUGAGACUGCUCCAACCAGUACCAGGCAUUCAAGCCUCGCUCGCUCCGCCAACCGGGUCGACGAGUGCGCGCACAACACGCCCAUCCUCCCCGUCCAUAGAGCUCCUACUGAUGUUUUUAUUUAUUACAUCUGUGACUGGGUAGGGAAAUACUCCCAACUCGACCAAGAGAACGUUUGCCACUUUGAGAAGGAACGACGCGCGUCCCUGCGAGUUACCGCCGCAGCCGCCUCCGUCGUUUGCUUUGCUCGGCGUUAAUACGUUUGUUCGUUCGGUAGUCGAUAUUAUCGUUCCUUCCAAUACGCGUUAUCAGUGCAAGGAGAGAUCAGAUCAUCGACCUCGUUAUCGAUGACCCCAUAGUUAAUCGGUUCCUCCAACGUUACCGCGAUGUAAAUACUCAAUCAUGAACAACAAACAGUGAUACAGUGCGGAAGUUUCGUGACAGUGCAAUUCGUAUAUACUAACAGUGAACGUGCGUUUUUGUGAUCACAACUUUUUUUGAUCCAAUCGACGAUUUUUUGUGUUUUCUUAUAUAGUAUGCUUUGAAAUUGCAUUGGAAUAUUUAUUAAAAAAGCUACUUUACCAGAAAGUGUAUUAAAAGAACUGAAGGAUUUACCUGAUGGACCACGGAGCAAUGGAUAGCUCUUCUGAACACAGUAGUCGAGCCAGUCCAGUUACUGGUAGUCCAAAGAAUCCACACAGUCCAUCAGUUCAGCAGACUCCACAGCAGCAAAUUCAUAAUUCCCAUCAGACACCUUCUUCACAUCAGCAACCUCACCCUAGAGAUCAAUUGCGCGAUCAUCAUCGUCUGCCAACACCUCGAUCACCAACAAGAGGAUCACCACCUCAAAGUUUGCCACUAAGUCCACCGCCCUUAUCGGCCGGUGUCGCUCCUCCAGGCAUGGUACCACGUAUGCCUGGUCUUCCGCCGCCAGGUUUGGGUCUAUUGAGCCAACUUGGUGGCAUGCUAUCCGGCCAUCAUGGUUCUCCAUUGGAACUUAUGGCUGCACAUCACGGUGUCUUGCCACCCAGGUCCUACAACAGUCCACCACCAAUUAGUUCCAGUGAUCCAACUGCUAACGAGUGCCAAAUGGUUGAAUAUCGUGGUCGAAAUGUUGCAGCCUUUAUCAUUAAUGGUGACACCAUGCUCUGUCUGCCACAAGCUUUUGACUUUUUCCUAAAGAAUCUUGUGGGGGGUCUUCAUACAGUGUACACUAAACUCAAGAGACUCGAUAUCGUGCCAUUGGUGUGCAAUGUGGAGCAAGUUAGGAUCCUUCGCGGUCUCGGCGCUAUUCAACCAGGAGUUAAUCGGUGCAAACUGCUUAGCUGCAAGGAUUUUGACGUUCUCUACAGGGACUGCACUACUGCCAGCUCCAGGCCUGGAAGACCACCAAAGAGAGCCUCUGUUGGUCUCAGUUUGACGGCAAAUCAUCUCGCAGCGGCUGGUCAUCAUCAAAUGAAGAAACAUCGUCUGGACAACGGCGAGUACUACGAAAACGGACAUCUCGACAUGCCCCGAAUGGAGAAAUCACCAUUAUUGGCGAACGGUUACAAUCAUCCACCAACGCACCUGACCCAAAUGCAGUUCAUGCAACUUGGCCAUCCAAUUGCCGGUCAUGCAAUUCUGUCAUCGGCCAGCUUAUCCCAGCAACUUCAUUCCCGCGCUGAACAGGGCCUCAAGGUCAAUCCGAACAUACCCAUGGAAGUAUUUGCAAGGUCCGUUGGUGGUUUAACGUUGGACAACUGCAGGGGACUUUACGAGGACUUCGCUAAACAUUACGAAAGGCUGAAGGACGAUCGAAGCGAAGGAGAAAGAGUAUUAGCGUUAGAUUGUAAACCACGAAAUCCCAGUUCGCACAAUGGUUCUUCGGUAGGUCACAGUCCAGUUUUGAACCUGUCGAAAACCGCAUUAAGUGGAAGUGUGGGUGAGCAUUCCGGAAGUGAAGCAGGAGCGUCACAUCGGUCCCAAGAUGACGAAGAGGAAGAUGAUAAUUUGUCAGAGGACCUCGAGGAGGAUAAUCUUAAGGAUGAAGAUCUUUCUGACGUUCCUGAGAAUGUACCACUUCGGGCGCGAGGUUCAGAGAGUCCCCAAGCGUUGAAUUAUUCGCAGAUUGCCUCGGCAGUAUCGCAGAGCACGCAGGAUCCCUCAGUUUCGUGCACUGAAACCAUGCUCAGGAAUAUCCAGGGUCUACUAAAGAUCGCGGCGGACAACGCACGGCAGCAGGAGAAGCAAAUCAACUACGAGAAAGCUGAAUUGCAAAUGGACGUGUUACGAGAGAGGCAAGUGAAGGACAGUCUAGAGCGACAACUCCAAGACGAGCAGAAAGUUCGAGUGGCGUACCAAAAACGGCUAAAGAAGGAACGGAGAGCAAGAAGACGACUUCAGGAUCAGCUGGAUCUGGAAGUUAAGAGGCGCAAUCAAUUAGAGGAUGCACUGAAGGCCACCGGUGCCUCGACAGAACAAGUCAGAUCCAUAACCGAAAAUGUCAAAACAGAGACUCGAACGAGUGUAGAACAAUCUGAGGAGAAUUCGAUACACUCUCAAUCACAGCAAUCGAAUAAUCAACAGCCAAAUUCUCAAACACCUGUUAAACAAUCCCAACAACAGCAGCAACAACAAUCUCAACAACAGCAGCAGCAGCAACAACAAAAACAACAAACACAACAAUACCGAGAGGCACAAGUCUCACGUCCACCUCAACAACCACCAACACCUGAGAAACCAGGUUGGGGAUACAGUGGACUCGAUCUCAUUAGCAAUCAAUUCUGGCAAAAUUACCAAGAAUCGAUGCCACCCGACUUCGAACUGGAGAGAAAGACACGUCAGCAUCAGACCUCCGAAAGGGACCAGGUCAAGUCUCCUCUUCAAGAUUCCCGUGCGGGUUAUUACAAAAAUUCCGUUCUCUUUACAAGUGCAACUUAGAAAAACUUGGAGGACAGGCGAUAAAAAAAAAAAAAAAAAAAGAAAACAAGGACAAUCGCAAAUUAUCGGAAUUUCGAGUGACCAAAGGAUCCCUUUUUGGAAGGGAUGAAAAUAAAGUCGAUCUUCUCACGUAUAGUAGAGAUCAAGAUGACUGGACAAAAAAAAUGAAGACGAUAAAAAAGAAAAAGAAGAGGCUGAAUUGCUGCUUUUCAGUGAUAUAAAUAAUAACAUUCGUGCAACUAUUCUAUAUAAAGAAAAAUAAAACCGACCUUUAAAAAAAAAAAAAAGACGAAAAAAAGAACAAAUUAUAGACUUCCAGUGGCGAAGCGAUUAACACAAAACACGAGAGGUGUCUUUCGUGUUGCAUCAUGAAGAGGAAAAAUAAAAGAAGCAAUGAAAUCGUGCAUUAUAAAAGGCCCGCGCUUGAAAAGCUGUAGGUCGUGACUUCAAGAGCAUAGAAAUCUCAACUCGUGCGUCAAAAAUCAUUUUUUUUUUUCAUUAAUCACAAAAGUGAAAACUUAUAUUAUAUUGACAAAAAAUAAUGUGGAAUUUUUGUGAGGAAAAAAAUAUGAGUCGCAUAAAAUAGACAUAUCAAUGGCGCACACAUUUAAAAACAAAAAAGAAUUCGCUACGAAUUUUGCGAUUUUUUUUUCUUUUUAUUAUAGCUUUAGAUCAUUUGCAGAUGACAGAGAGAAAAAAACAAAAAACUCAACGCUUGGAAAGCGUUUGAUCACGUGGCCAUAGGUAAAGUUAAAUGAAGAAAUGGACUUGUCAUAUAUAAACAAAGCUUCGCCUCUCUUCCAUGAAAAAAUAUUAACUUUCGUAAUAUCGUACUAUACAUUAUAUUAUAAAUAUAUAAAUACAUACGCGUUAAAAAUUAUAUAGAAAAUGAAAGCGAGAUGAGAAGAAAAAAGAAGAAAAAAAAAAGAGAAGAAUAUUGGAAAAGAGGCGAAGCGACUAAAGAGAUAUUUAUAAAGACUGUUUGAGAGUGCGUGUGUGAUGCGUGCAUGUGUUCCUAGAGACAUACCUAUCCCCAGCAUUGAGCGGUAACUAGUUAAUUAUUAAUUUUAAGUGAAUGACGAUCCACUUUAUCGACCAUCUCUCUCACUCCCCAACGAAUAUUGCAUUAAGAAUAUUUCUGAAAAUUUUAAAUUUCUGAACUAAAGAAAUUUUCAACAAAUAUUUAAAUUUCUAAAAUUUCCAAAUGUCUUAAGUAUUGAAAAUUUUCC